CCUUACUUGACAUUAAAUGUACCUCAAAUGGUCAAGGGGUUACCUGAUCCUCAAUCUCCUGAACCGAGAAGACAUGAAAAUGUCUUGUCAAUGCUAGACCAUCGUGCAAACCAUUCAAGUGAUCGGAUAGCUGUCGGUUUCCCGUCCAUUCUGGAGAACAAAUGCAUGCAGUGGACAUAUAAAGAUCUGAUGACUAUUUCUCUCCGGAUGGCACGUCAGAUAGCAGAUCAGCUUCAAGCACCUGCUGAGGGUCAACAAAUCGUUGCAAUCAUUGCACCAAGUGGACCUUUCUUUUUGGCUCACGUCUUGGGAUGUUGGAGAUUAGGGCUAGCGAUCUUGCCAAUCGCGUUGGGUACAACGGCAAAUGGGGCUCUGAGCCUGUUGCAAAGUACCUCUUCACAUCAAAUCCUCGCACAUCCUACACAGAAAGGACUCGUUGAUGAGAUCACACAGAGAGCCAACGAGCAGAAGUACGAGCUGGAUUUACUCAAGUGGAGUGAAGAUGAAAAUUUGAUAUCGAGGAAAGAUCAAACACCUGGCAUAAGCACUGACAUCAAACCUGAAGAUCUACUGGUCAUCUUUCAUUCUUCUGGAUCUAGUGGAAAUCCAAAGCCAAUCAAACAUCCUCAUCGAUUCUGGACUCCUUCCUUAUGGUCAGCGUUCGGCACACAAAUUCCAGCAUUCACAACAACACCACUGUUCCAUGGAGGCUUGUCCGAUCUCUUACGUGCAUUUCAAGCAGGUGCAAGCUUGUACAUGUUUGGAUGGCAUGAAGGAAAAGCACCAACACCAGAAAACAUUUCGAAAUCUGUCGCAGCAUGUCCUGAACAGGUUGGAUACUUUUUAUCGGUACCGUUUGUUUUGCAAGGUUUGCUCGGUGAUGAUACUUCACGCAAAAUGCUACAGAGAAUGCACCUCGUAAGCACGGGAGGAGCACCGCUGCCGCAAGAGGUAGGUGACGAAAUGGUGCAAAAGUACGAUAUUAAACUUGUAUCUCGAUUAGGCAGCUCGGAGUGUGGCUUUCUGAUGUCCUCUUGGCGUUCUUUUGGCGACGACAAAGAUUGGUCUUGGCUGAGGAUAGAAGAUGAAUCCAGUAAACAGUGGCUUAAAUUCGAGAAGCAAGAAGGAGAAGAUUUAUACGAGUUGAUUGUUGCCAAAGAAUGGCCUUCCAAACUGUUAUCUAAUCGACCUGACGGAAGUUUCGCAACGGGUGAUCUGUAUCGCAAUCACUCUUCCGACAAUCACAAAUGGAUCUAUGCUAGACGUGCAGAUGACGGAAUCGUGAUGGUGAAUGGCAAAAAGAUUGCUUCUACUCCGAUUGAGGAUUCGCUUAAAGCUCAUGAGGAGAUACGAGAUGCGAUCGCCUUUGGUGCAAAUCGUCCGUUUCUCGGUGCAAUUGUCGAGGUCAAAGAGUCAAUUACUGCCGAAAGCCUUCGUAGUGAGCGGCUAUCAUCAAUCUUGUCGGAUGUUAAUGCAAAAUUACCAAGUCACGCCAAACUUUCUCAAGAGAUGAUUCAUAUCGUUGAUGCGAAAGAGGACCUUUUGAAUCAUCUUCCCCGAUCUUCUAAAGGCACCUUACAGCGUGGCUUAGCAUUGGAAAAGCUUCAAAGCAUUAUCGGUGGUAUUUACGAUGCGUUCGAACAGGGAACGGCCCCCACUGUUCACGAAAAGCGAGAUCUGCAUGGGAGUGCUCUGCUAGAAUGGCUUCGUGAGACUGUAUCUGAGAUAGCUGACAAGCAAAUGAGCAUCGACGAAGAUCUUUAUGGUGCAGGAGUGGACUCGAUCAAAGCAGUAAGAAUACGAGCAGCAGUGCAUCAGAAUAUCAAACUGGAAGAUUUCCGAUUAGAACAGAAUGCAGUGUAUCAGUACCCGACAAUACAAGCAUUAGCACAACACAUAGACAAUAGGCAAAAAGCCGCCACAAUCGGUGAAAGUUCAUCAAUUCAAGAUAUCCAAGAACGGAAUACCUACUUUGACCAAUUGCAAUGGUCAGGAAAAGAGUUCGAUCCCAAUGCACCUGCAACUGUCUUGCUGACUGGCGCAACAGGAACGCUAGGCUCACGAAUCCUUCACAAUCUCCUGCAUGAUACCAAUGUUGAACAUAUUAUAUGUUCAGUACGUGCAAAGGAUGAAGAGGAGGCCAGAUCCCGCGUGAUUGCUCCCCUCAAAGAUCGGAAAUUGGAUGUGACAAACACAAGCCAUCUCGAAGAGAGAGUAUCGUUUGUGGUUCAUAUCGAUACACAACUUCCUCGACUACAGCAAGCGAAACGGUCGAUCAUUAUUCAUUGCGCAUGGAUCGUAAACUUUUCUUUGCAAGUUAGCAGCUUUGAAGGUUCAUGUAUUGCUCCUCUAGCCAAUCUUUUGACAUUGUUCGGCAAUUGUCAAUACCCUGAUCGAUUCAUAUUUUGUUCAUCUCUUGCAAGCGUUCUGGCCGGUCCAAGUCCCCACAAAGAAGAACUUUCGACGGAUGUUGCAUCUGCGGGCUCCACAGGAUAUGGUCAGUCUAAAUGGAUCGCUGAAGAAGUAUGUGCUUCUGCUGCAAAUAGUGCUCGUUCACACAGUUCCAACAAGGCACAAGUCAUCGUCGCACGUGUGGGACAAUUAUGUGGUGAUAGCCAAAACGGUAUAUGGAACGAAACGGAGGCUUGGCCUCUUCUAGUACGCACAGCAAAUGAAGUGGGAUGUCUGCCGAAAAGUGGGCCUGAUCUGGACUGGCUUCGGGUAGAUGUGGCUGCAAAUGCAAUUGUGGAAUUGAGUCUGAAC